ACCAAAUCAUAGUCUUUAAAAUGAAGUCUGCAGUCAUAUUGUUGGUGGUAGCCACAUUGGCAUGGGGGGCUCCUAAGACCGGUAAACUAAGCUUUCGCAAUCUAUACAAAGAAACCGUCGUACCAAUAGUCAACCAUCCAAACCCUAGAAUCAUCGGAGGACAAGAAGCAGUUCCCCAUUCCAUUCCAUACCAAGUUUUUCUUGAAAUAUACAACACAACUAGUGGAUGGUACUGCGGUGGUUCCCUUUUGACACCUAACUAUAUCGUGACUGCUGGACAUUGCGGUGCUGGGGCUCGUCAAGCUUACAUAAUUUUAGGCGCCCACAAACCCCUAGCUUACGAAGACACUCAGUUACAAAUAGUUAGUUCGAAUGUCAUAGUCCACGAAGAUUACGAUGGCGAAAUCGGAAACGACAUCGCUGUUAUUGGUCUUCCAGAAACUAUAACUUUGACUGAUGCCAUUGGUACCAUCGGGUUACCGAGUGCCGAUUCGGGUGAUUUUGCUGGACAAAUCGCAAGGGCUAGUGGAUGGGGAUUCAUUUAUGGUCAUGGACCGACUCUUUCCGACGUACUCAAUUAUGUCGAUUUAGAAAUUAUUACGAACGAAGAGUGUGAAGAAGUUUUUGGAACGUUGGAUGACACGAUUUUGUGUACUUCUGGGGAUAACAACACGAGUACUUGUAGCGGAGAUUCAGGAGGUCCUUUAGUUAUUGAUGGCAGUCUCGUUGGUAUUACUUCGUUUGGUGUGCAGUACUGUCCAGGGGGUUACCCUGCUGCAUUUACAAGGGUUACCACGUUUCUUGAGUGGUUGGCAACAAACACCGAUGUAAAAAUAUAAAAUUUUACUUUAGUUAAAUGUUAGUAUCGCAACGUAUAGUUCCAUGAAGUUACAUCAGAUGUUUCAGCAUAUAUUCUACAAAUAAACACUACAAUAACGGAA